AAAAAAUUAAGGAUGGAGCUGCUGCUUAUGUCAAACUGGACCGAUGUUCAAUCAACGCCUGAAACUUAUGUAUUUCCUCCAGAUAAAAGACCAGGGAAGCUUAUUUUUCCUGAGUGCAAGGACAUUCCGACCAUUGACCUUGAGAAAUCUGAAGGGCUUGAACGGGCUGAAGUCAUUGAGAAAAUUAUGAAAGCAAGCCAAGAAUUUGGAUUCUUUCAGGUCAUUAACCAUGGAGUUUCUCAAGGCUUAAUGGAAGACACAAUGAGUGUUUUCCAAGAGUUCUUUGGGAUGCCAGCAGAGUACAAGGCAAGCUUUUACUCCUCCGGCACCAACCAAAGCUGCAGAAUCUACUCCAGCACUUUGAACUAUCACAAAGAAGAUUUUCACUACUGGAGGGAUAACUUCACCCAAAGCUGCCAUCCCCUGGAGGAUCACGUUCAAUCUUGGCCUGAAAAGCCAACCAGAUAUCGGGAAGUAACAAGUACAUAUUGCGUUGAAGUGCGGAAGUUUCUGUUGAGGAUUUUGGAUCUGAUCUGCGAAGGGCUGGGACUGAAGUUAGGCUAUUUUGAAGAUGAGCUGACUAAAAUUCAGCUGUUGUCUGUCAAUCAUCACAUACCAUGCCCUGAUCCGAGCCUGACGCUGGGUAUGCCAGAACAUUGUGAUCCUAAUCUGAUAAGUAUGCUUCACCAGUGUGCAGUACCUGGACUUCAGCUCUUCAAGGAUGGACAGUGGCUUGGUGUUGAACCUGUGCCCGAUGCAUUUAUCGUCAUUGCAGGUCUCCAAUUAAAGGUAAUCAGUAAUGAUUUGUUCACCAGUCCUAUACAUCGAGUGGUGACGCACACAAAAGAUAAAAGAACAACCAUUGGCACCUUCUUGAUUCCAUCUGGUGAUUUCCAGAUAGAACCUGCUAUGGCCCUGGUUGACACGGGAAACCCUCCUGUUUACGGAGCUUUCACGUACAAAGAGUUCUUUAGCACCUUCACUGGGAAAGAUUGCGAUGCUCAAAGUGCUCUGGGAUGCUUCAAGAAAAAACUGGAAUGAUCUUUGGACUUGUGUAAAAAGAUUGGGAGAUUUGCAGUUCUGUGUCAAUCAAGAGUAUUAUUCCCCUUAGAAUGCGCUAGAGUGGAGCAAGGGAGAUGUCCUCGACGGAUCUACAGACAAAAGGAAUCAAGACGCUGUGGACAAUUUCUAUUUCGUAAUUCGAGUUGCAGCAAGAUUUGGGGUGCAUCAGGUCGUGCGGUGCCACCUCAUCGCUAGACCAAAUGCUUUUAUAUAAUAGAUUGGAUGCCAGUGUUUUAUUUA